AGUGAAGUGAAGAGAGUGAGAAUGAGAAAGACCCAAAAGUAAUGUGUUCCCGCCAUUUGCAUCAAGUUUCGCGCAUUCGCACUCUCCAAACAAACCCUCUCUGCCUACUUGUUUGUUUGUUACUUGCUACUAUCUCUUCUCUCAUUUCCUUCGUUCAUGCUUGCAUUGCGUUUCUCUCCUCCUCUCUACACCUCCAUAACUCUUAGGGUUUCCUCUCUCUUCUCUCUCUCCUCCGCCCCUUUCCGCGCCAUGUCCAAGCGCCCCUCCGCCUUCGACGCUCUCAUGUCCGGCGCUCGCGCCGCCGCCAAGAAGUCUCAAUCCCAGCCGGCGCAACCCUCCUCCUCUCCCAGGAAAAGAAAAUCCCCGCACUCCACCUCCUCUCAAAACCCUAGCAUCACCAAUCCCCUCGAAAAACCUCCCAAACCUGAACCCGCCUCCUCCGAACCCGCGCCGGCACCGAAGAAAAAGUUGCUCAGCCUGUCCCUACCAUCUCCCUCUUCGUCGGAGGAUAACACCGCGGAGCUCAAGAAGCGAGCUUCGCUGCUGAAGAAGAAACCCUCGGAUUUCGACCCGGCCUCCGUUGCUUGGUGGCAGAACGGCGAACCCGUGCCGUUCCUCUUCCUCGCAUUGGCAUUCGACAUGAUUUCCCUCGAGUCCGGGAGAAUCGUCAUGACGGACAUCGUCUGCAACGUGCUUAGGACUGUCAUGCACGUCACGCCGGAGGAUCUCGUUCCCGUCAUUUACCUCUCCGCCAACAAGAUCGCUCCGGCGCACACCGGCCUCGAAUUGGGCGUCGGCGAGGCUUCCAUCAUCAGGGCCCUCGCCAGCGCCUACGGAACGAACGAGGCAUCUGUCAAGACUCAGUACGAGAAAAAAGGGGAUUUGGGCUUGGUUGCUAAGGCGAGCCGUUCUUCGCAGAGCAUGUUUAGGAAGCCUGUUGCAUUGACUAUUAGGAAGGUUUUGAAUACUUUUCGCGUUAUUGCUAAGGAAUCUGGAAAAGACAGUGUAGAGAAGAAAAAAGAUCUUAUCAGGGCACUUCUUGUUGCUGCUACUGACUGUGAACCUCAAUAUCUAAUCCGACUGCUACAGGCAAAGUUGCGAAUUGGCUAUUCUGAGAAAACUCUCUUAGCUGCAUUAGGCCAAGCUGCAGCAUACAACACUGAAGAACAUUCUAAACCCCCUCCUGAAAUUAAGUCUCCUUUAGAAGAGGCUUCAAAUAUUAUUAAACAAGUCUAUUCUGUUCUUCCUGACUAUGACAAAAUAGUAUCUGCACUGCUUACAGAGGGUCUAUGGAUGCUUCCAAAGACAUGUAAAUUUACUCCAGGUGUUCCAAUUGAACCUAUGCUGUCCAAGGCAACAAAGGGUGUAUCAGAAGUUCUAAAUAAAUUCCAGGAUGUGGAGUUUACCUGUGAAUACAAAUAUGAUGGAGAGCGUGCCCAGAUACAUUAUGUGGAGAAUGGCUCAGUUGAGGUUUACAGUAGACACCAAGAACGGAACACUGACAAGUAUCCUGACGUUGUUGCUGCAGUUUCAAGGUUAAAGAAACCAACUGUAUCGUCAUUUGUUCUUGAUUGUGAAAUUGUUGCAUAUGAUCGUGCAAAACAGCAAAUCGAAUCUUUCCAGAAGCUUAGUACUCGGCCUCGCAAGAAAGUAGAUAUCAAGGAUGUAAAGGUUGAUGUUUGCGUAUUUGCUUUUGAUCUGUUGUAUCUGAAUGGCCAAGAACUUCUGCAGGAAAAUCUUAGAGUCCGUAGAGAGCAUCUCUAUGCCUCUUUUGAGGAAGAAACUGGAUUUCUUCAGUUUGCAACAUCAAUAACAUCAAAUGAUGUUGAGGAAAUACAGAAAUUUCUUGACAAAGCUGUUAAUGCAAGUUGUGAGGGAUUAAUUGUUAAAACAUUAAAUGAAGAUGCUACAUAUGAACCUGCCAAGCGUUCUCUCAACUGGCUAAAAUUGAAGAAAGAUUAUCUGGAAAAUAUAGGGGACUCAUUAGAUUUGGUGCCUAUUGCUGCUUUCCAUGGUCGUGGGAAACGUACAGGAGUUUAUGGUGCCUUCCUCCUUGCAUGCUAUGACCAAGAAAAUGAAGAAUUUCAAACUAUCUGUAAGAUAGGAACGGGAUUCUCUGAAGAUAAGCUUGAAGAAUGUUCUUCUAGUCUUCGUUCUAAAGUGAUUCCCAAACCAAAGACAUACUAUCGAUAUGCAGAAAAAAUCAAUCCUGAUGUCUGGUUUGAAGCCACUGAGGUGUGGGAGGUGAAAGCUGCAGACCUGACCAUUAGCCCUGUUUACCGUGCUGCAGUGGGCAUAGUAGAUUCGGACAAGGGCAUAUCUCUUCGAUUUCCACGACUACUCCGAGUCCGGCCUGACAAAGCUCCUGAACAGGCUACGUCAUCUGAGCAGGUUGCUGAAAUGUAUAAUGCUCAAAAACACAAUCAAACGAACAAGCUAGAUGACAGUGAAAAUGAUGAUUGAGGGAAAAAAAUUCCUCGUUUCUUUCACGCUGUACUAUAAAAUUUCAUAAUUUCAUGCCGAUGAUCCCAAGAGAAUAGAUGUGUAGGUGUGAAUUCUUUGCCUUCAAGGCAUAGGUCAGAGAGCAUAACUUCUCAUUCAACAUGUCUGGAAAUUUGAUGUACAAUGUAGAAGCUCAUUGUGGGUCCAAAAAGUAGACAUUUGCCCUUAAACCAUGUUAAUUGGAUAGUUUUCCAGAAGGGGCCGUUGUACACUUAUUCUUGUGUAGAAUUCUGCGUUAUUCUUUUAAAUGAUGCUGUAGUUAAGGCUGCUACUAUUGACUAGGAAUAGAGUUUAAUAUUUUGCACAUGCUAAUGGAUCAACAUUAGUUGCA